AUGAACGGGAAGGCGAAAAUACGCAUAAUUGUGGUUUCAACUUUAAUGGAGCUAAUUCGCCGAACAGAUGGUUCCCAUGGUGGCGGCCAGUGUGCGACGACAAGUUAUUUUGGGGAGGAUAAUCCGAAGAGCAAAGAUGACCGCAUAGACUCCAAUGUCGAUUUCACGUACAUGAUGAACGAUCCGAACUACGUCAUCAAUUGUUGCGGCGUCGUAGACAAUUGGGAGGCGUAUUUUGACAACGUUAACACCGCCCGUACCGUCUACUUCCAAGUAUGGCGGCCAACCAGCGGAGACAGCUUCCAGCUCGUCGGACAGAACGCCGUCAGCGUCUACAACGACCCAUUUUUUACCGGCACCAUGUCCGCGACAGUGUCCAAUGCAGUGGCUAUAGGAACGACCUUGGAAACCAUUUCGGUGUCAGACAAUGACCUUGAUGACAUCAGCACGCUCACCGUUUCCAUGGUAUCAAACUCCAAAUACAGCUUCGAUACAUCCACAAUGGUUCUGACGACGGUCGCUAGUUUAGCGACGUUAGGCGACUCUGAAAGCAAGCUGAGGUUCAAAGUGGCGGACCAGUGCUCCAACACCGUCACGGUGACCUUCACCGUCACCAUCACCAACGACCCACCCGAAAUACACAAUCUUCCGAGCUCCGUCUCUAUAAGCGAGGAUGUGACGUCGGAGACGCUACUAUACGUCAUCAACGCGACAGACACGGCCAAUGACGUCACUUGUGAUUUGGCAAGUGGCGUCCCUGCAUCAUACCCGUUCCUUGUAAAGGAGGAUCCAGUGACAACAGAUUAUGGCAUAUACAGCGAGGUCAACCCCGGAUUUAGCUACAACACGAAGAACAGUUACACCCUGGAUAUCGACUGUUCGGAUGGACUUGCUUCGGAUACCGGACAGUUUUACGUGUACCUGGUCCAAAACACGCCUCCAGUCUUUAUUAAUUUACAAAACUCGACGUCCAUUUCGACGUCCGAUCAGAUAGGGACGACGGCGUUCCACGUGCUCGUGAAUGACACCGAGGGUGACGACCUAACGUUAACAAUGACGUGCACUCCCGCCAUCUGCCCAUUCGAUAUAUUCAAUUGUACGUAUUUGCCGAUCAUUAUUGUUUCGUGA